AUGGCCGACCAGAGGAGCGUUGGCGGCGAUUCAACGCCCCGAGCGACCAAUGGCACGUCGCCCAACCCGAUAGAGCAGUUCAAGAAGGAGAGCAAAAGUAAGAGACGAAGCCUUUUCGGUUUUGGCAAGAAGAAGAUGGAGGGCUCUUCCAAGGCUGGCCCUGGAUCCGAGAGCCCGUAUGGCACCCAGUCACCGUCAAAAGCAUCGACCACCCGCUCGACCGCUCGAUCAACCGCGUCCCCCCUCCCGCUCACCCAGGGCGACCCUGUUUCCCCUACCCGUGCGUUCUCCGGUUCGCCGAGAAUAUCCUCGCCUGCGACGUCGCAGAUAUUCGAACGUGACGUGCAAGACCACACCUUGUUGAAGUCGUCGUCUCCAGCCAUUCCGAGCCACAUCCAGACGGAAAACUACAUCCCCCCGGUGUUGGAUGAUGCAUCAGAAGCAAUCACCAACAAUAGCUUGGAUCCCGAUUCCGUUGAGAUUGUUACUCACGCUUCGCAUCAGCCCGCCUCGGCGGUCGUCCCUGGCACAAGCGCCAGCCACACCCCGUACGAGCAGACGUCGAGCGACUGGGCUUCGGAGCUCGCCUCGUUUGCGAACCGCAUAGGUUUCCCGCCCGACAGCGCUUCCAACUACGGCUCGCUCGACUCGGCCGACGUUCGCCGCCUUUCCUUCAUCUCGUUUGCAGACGUUGUUCAAUCGGAGCACAGCGGCCACCACCUCCCUUCCAUGUCAUCGCGCGAUAACAUGCACAUUGUCGGUCUGACGUCGCUUUCCGCGUCGGCCAUGAACAGAUCGCCAUCGCCCAUCCGCUCACCCGUCUCCAGCCAGGGCCCCGGGACCAGCCCGCCCACAAGCAACCCUGGCAGCAUAAAAGGGUUGGACAUGAGCCCGUCAAGGAAACCGAUAGGGAGCCCCUCCAGCGGGCACUAUACUGCAAUCACGACGCCAGGCGAGCUCAACAUUGAGACGAUGAGUCAGGCACUGAAACGCAGCGCGAGCAGGGACUUUAACAGCAGCGUGCGCAGCAAUCCCCAGAGCCCGAUUGAGGGACCGGGUUCACGGUAA